AUUGAUAGGCGUUGACGGGAGGGGUAUGAAGGUAGGACUGAAGGCAAACAAUGUGAGAGCACCUAUACUUACCCAGGGGAUCCUCCCCCCCUCCCCCAAAUUGAGCAGGGUGUAAAGAAAUGGAAAAGUCGAUGAGGAGGGUGAGAAGAAAUGGUGCCCGGACUGAGGUCAAAGGCCUUCGUGGGAAAGAACCAGGGCCCAAGGAAGAACUCGUUUCCCUCCACCAAGCCUCCCCCUUGAUUUGGGGGUGCGUCCCUAUGCAGUAACGUUGGGAAAGAGGGAGAUAGCGGAAGUCUAGCGUUCCGCGUUGCUCUUAAGUGCCCUGCACCCACACCUCACCGCCUUGAGCAGUACGCGGCCCCUUUAAGGCGCAGGGCAUUGUGGGUGCGGGGAGUGGAAUUUUGGAACCAAAUGUAGCGAAGAGAAGUACAGUAGUAAGAGUAACAUUGUAGCCGCCGCCGGCCGAGGGGGCGCGCCGGGACGGGGACGCCGCACCCCCUUUCUGCCGCAGGGAUCCCCGAUCAAACCCCCACAGAGAGGAGGCGCCCGAAGACCCGCCCUAGCCCGGUCCACGUUCCCCCCAGGAAGCCGGACUCUAUGGGGCGGGACCCUGGGGGAGACUAAGCAGAAACUGGAGCCAGCCCCGAACCCCUGAACCUCGAGCCAGGGGCGCCCCGGGAGCAGCCACCCCGUGGGCGCGCCGCCCGCACGCUCAGCAGCCAUGAGUGAGACAGUGGUCUGCUCCAGCCGGGCCACUGUGAUGCUCUACGAUGACAGCAACAAGCGGUGGCUGCCCGCCGGCACAGGCCCCCAGGUCUUCAGCCGGGUCCAGAUCUACCACAACCCUGCAGCCAACUCCUUCCGGGUGGUUGGCCGGAAGCUGCAGCCAGACCAGCAGGUGGUCAUCAACUGUGCCAUUGUCCGGGGUGUCAAGUACAACCAGGCCACCCCCAACUUCCAUCAGUGGCGCGACGCCCGCCAAGUCUGGGGCCUCAACUUUGGCAGCAAGGAGGAUGCAGCCCAGUUUGCGGCAGGCAUGGCCAGUGCCCUAGAGGCCCUGGAAGGAGGUGGGCCUCUCCCACCUGCCCCUCCCACCUGGCCUGUCCAGAACGGCCCCUCCCCGGAGGAGGUGGAGCAGCAGAAAAGGCAGCAGCCGGGGCAGGCUGAGUACGUGGAGCGUGAGCGUCGGGUCUCCAAUGCAGGUCCACCUGCUCCCCCAACUGGUGGGGGACCACCUCCACCUCCAGGACCUCCUCCUCCCCCUGGGCCCCCCCCACCUCCAGGCUUGUCCUCCUCAGGAGCACCGGCUACAGGCCAGGCAGCAGCGGGUGGCCCACCCCCUGCACCCCCUCUUCCCACAGCACAAGGCCCGAGUGCAGGAGGGGCUGGAGCACCUGGCCUGGCUGCCGCCAUUGCUGGAGCCAAACUCAGGAAAGUUAGCAAGGAGGAGGCCUCAGGGGGCCCCUCAGCCCCCAAAGCUGAGAGCAGUCGAAGCACUGGAGGGGGGCUCAUGGAAGAGAUGAACGCCAUGCUGGCUCGGAGAAGGAAAGCCACGCAAGUUGGGGAAAAACCCCCCAAGGAUGAAUCUGCCAAUCAGGAGGAGCCAGAGGCCAGAGUCCCAGUCCACAGUGAAUCUGUGCGGAGACCCUGGGAGAAGAACAGCACAACUUUGCCAAGGAUGAAGUCAUCUUCAGUGAUUACUUCCGAGGCCCACCCCUCUACGCCAAGUUCCAAUGAUGAGUCAGACCUAGAGAGGGUGAAGCAGGAGCUUCUGGAAGAGGUGAGGAAGGAAUUGCAGAAAAUGAAAGACGAAAUAAUUGAAGCCUUUGUCCAAGAGCUGAGGAAGCGGGGUUCCCCCUGACCACAGGACCCCGGAAGAUCCCGGUUCUUCUUUCUGCACCUGGCCUGUCACUCUGCUUUCCCUGCCUCCACUUGACUUGGAAUUGGCUGAAGACAACACAGGAAUGCAUCUUCCCCACUCCCCACCCACUUGGACAAUUCCAAGGGGGUGUGGCUCCCCUGGCACCAGGCCUACACCCACAUUGGCUGCUGAUUGGCUGGGGAGGCCCCCACCCUUUGCUCCCUUUGGUCUUUCCCCUCUGCCAUCCCCUUGGGGCUGGUUCCUUUGCUGGGGAUGUACCAAUUAACCCCACAGUGAGGGGGAAGGAAGGAGGGAAUUCACAUUCCCUUGUUCUAGAUUCACUUUAACGCUUAUGCCUUCGAAUUUUUUUUUUUAAAGAAAAAAAUAUAUAUAUAUUUGGGUUUGGGGGGAAAGGGAAAUUGUUUUUCUCUUUGGUUUUGAUAAAAUGGGGUUUUGGGGGGUUUUAAAUGCUAUAGCCCCAGGCUUGUCCUAUUUAGGGCAGCUAUUUAAAGGGGGGGAUGUCCCACAGGCUGGGGGUGCCUCCCCCUACCCCAGGGACUUCCCUUCCAGCUAGCUCCUUCCCCUUUUCUAUAAGGAAUUAAGAUGCUGUAACUUUUGGAACCUCAGUUUUUUGUUUUUGUUUUUGUUUUUGUUUUUUAUUUGGCGAGGUUUUGGGGUCCAGACCAUUUUUACCCCCUAGGGAAAAUAAGAUGAGGGAGAAAGGAAAAGGGGAGGACAGCUCCCCUCGCCCACCUUCACCAUUAGCUUCUGAAAAUGGGCCCCUGAGGAAUAAAUCUGCCAGUUUUUAUAAAUGCUAAGAUUGCUGGAGUGAUUUGGAGGACUGUAGCUGAGGACUGGGGAGGGGGUGUCCCUCUGUCCCUCGAGUUACCCUGUUGCCCUCUUCCUGUACCCUGUGCCUGCUCUGUUUUCCUCAAGCUGCUGCCGGCAGCCUGGUGGCCUUCCCCCUGCUCCCUCCCACCCCAGGCAUUUCCUUCACUCCUCCGGACCCUGCCACACAAAGGGGGCAGCCCCUCACUCAGCACCCCAUCUCCCAGAGGACUCCGCACUUUCCCCCUUCUCUCCUGACUUGAGUAAGCCUUGUGCCCAUUUUGCAGAUUAUACCACGGUGCUGAGACACUUCCUUAAAGUGACU